AUGUCGAAACGGUUGAAUGACAAGACACGAAGCGACAUGAGUGGCCAAGGAAGCAGUGGAGAUGGGAACGGUGACAUGACUGCUGAACUGUGGGGUGAAGUGUACGACUUGCUGUGUUUAAAGAUGAAGACCGACGACGCGUACGCCAAGUUACGUGCGAAGGGCGACAACCUGAUGUGCGAACAGAUACGUUCAAAGAUGAGGAAGCUGACUGAACCCGAGAAAGGCACAUCGAAGAGGACGAUUAAGAAGAUCCAGAAGAAAAAGACGAGCAAACCCACAGCCAUGGUGACCCCAACAGCAGCAGCAACACCCACCACCACCACCAUCACCACCACAGCGCCAGUCCCCACCACCACCACCACAGCAGCCACAGCAACCACUGCAACAGCGACAACAGACACCGAAACAAUGGGGACAUCCUUUUUGAAACCUGCAACACCUGCAGCGUCUGCAAAAAGACGAUCACGGAAGAAAUUAUCUCUGAAGAUCUCUCCUCAAGAACAACUGACCCCUGAUGUCAGUUCAGCCCAGACCGUGCUAGAACAGUGGUGGGAACAAACCCCUCGGGAGCCCACCUAUUCACCGAAUGCCCCUGUGACGAUGGCGACGGGUGACCUCGAUGAUCAUGAAGCGCUCAAGCUGGCCACUCUCCCAUCCAUGGAUCUGGACACGCUCCCCCUGCUUGAGGCUUCAUGGUCACCAGCAUCACCGGAAGAGGUUCAUGUCUACUCCUCAGGUACGCCCAUGGUUUGCGACGAUGAUGAUGAUGAUGACAAUGUUGACCUGGAUCCUUAUGGAGAAGCUCAACUCACUCCCCUACAACGCGAAUGUCGUGUUCGCCGACACAACAACAUGUUAAGGGAGGCCAUAGACUGUACGUGUUGAACGGAUGGACCUCUCACAUGGUUGAGGGAGGACCACCUCUUAUGGGAUUGAAGACAGAAGAGCUUGAAGAUGGAAGAGGAAAACGUUGUCGCGUUAUUGAUGUUGUUGUUGUUGUUGUUGUUGUAGGGACAUGCAAAGCACUCCCUCCUCCAUUGACUUUUCGUAUUUCCAUUGUAUCUGGUUGUGAUUGGUUUUUUCAUGAUUAAACAGUGAUUGAUUGAA